CUUUUUCCAGCCUCCUCCCCUUCUCUUCCCUCCUCUGCAGCAGCCCCUGGCCUCUGCCCAGUUGCUCCCCUCCCCAGGAACCCCAGGGGGCUUCAUGGCUUCACCCACCUCUACCAACCCGGCGCAUGCCCACUUUGAGAGCUUCCUGCAGGCCCAGCUGUGUCGGGAUGUUCUGAGCAGCUUCCAGGGCCUCUGUGAGGCCCUGGGGCUGGAGCCCGGUGGGGGGCUGCCGCUGUACCACAAGAUCAAGGCCCAGCUCAACUACUGGAGCGCCAAGUCGCUGUGGGCCAAGCUGGACAAGCGGGCAGGCCAGCCUGUUUACCAACAGGGCCGGGCCUGUGCCAGCACCAAGUGCCUGGUGGUGGGCGCUGGACCCUGCGGGCUUCGGGCUGCUGUGGAGCUGGCACUGCUGGGGGCCCGUGUAGUGCUGGUAGAAAAGCGUACCAAGUUCUCCCGCCACAAUGUGCUCCACCUCUGGCCUUUCACCAUCCACGACCUGCGGGCUCUUGGUGCCAAGAAGUUCUACGGGCGCUUCUGCACUGGCACCCUGGACCACAUCAGCAUCCGGCAGCUCCAGCUGCUUCUGCUGAAGGUGGCAUUGCUGCUGGGGGUGGAAAUCCACUGGGGUGCCACUUUCAUUGGCCUCCAGGCCCCUCCCAGCAAGGGGACUGGCUGGCAUGCCCAGCUCCAGCCCAACCCCCCAGCCCAACUGGCCAGCUAUGAAUUCGAUGUCCUCAUCUCGGCUGCCGGAGGGAAAUUCGUCCCUGAAGGCUUCAAAGUUCGAGAGAUGCGAGGCAAACUGGCCAUCGGCAUCACGGCCAACUUCGUGAACAGGCGCACCGCAGAGGAGACUCAGGUGGAAGAGAUCAGCGGUGUGGCCAGGAUCUACAACCAGAGCUUCUUCCAGAGCCUGCUCAAAGCCACAGGCAUUGAUCUGGAGAACAUUGUGUACUACAAGGACGAUACCCACUACUUUGUGAUGACAGCCAAGAAGCAGUGCCUGCUGCGGCUGGGGGUGCUGCGCCAGGACUGGCCGGACACCGACCGGCUGCUGGGCAGUGCCAACGUGGUGCCUGAGGCUCUGCAGCGCUUUGCCCGGGCAGCCGCUGACUUCGCCACCCAUGGCAAGCUUGGGAAGCUGGAGUUUGCCCAGGAUGCCCAUGGGCGGCCUGACGUCUCUGCCUUUGACUUCACAAGCAUGAUGCGGGCAGAGAGUUCCGCGCGCGUGCAGGAGAGGCACGGCACCCGCCUGCUGCUGGAACUGGUGGGGGACUGCCUGGUGGAGCCCUUCUGGCCCUUGGGCACCGGCGUGGCCCGGGGCUUCUUGGCAGCCUUUGAUGCAGCCUGGAUGGUGAAGCGAUGGGCGGAGGGCACUGGACCCCUGGAGGUGCUGGCAGAGCGCGAGAGUCUAUACCAGCUGCUGUCACAGACAUCCCCAGAAAACAUGCAUCGCAACGUGGCCCAGUAUGGGUUGGACCCAGCUACCCGCUACCCUAACCUGAACCUCCGGGCAGUGACCCCCAAUCAGGUACGAGACCUGUAUGAGGUGCUGGCCAAGGAACCUGUGUGGAGGAAGAGUGACAAGACAGAUGCAGGGAUGCCGGCCACUGGGCCGGCAGGCACCCAGGAGGAGCUGCUACGCUGGUGCCAGGAGCAGACGAAUGGGUACCCUGGAGUCCAUGUCACUGACCUGUCUUCCUCCUGGGCUGAUGGGCUGGCUCUGUGCGCCCUGGUGCACCGGCUGCGGCCUGGCCUGCUGGAACCCUCAGAGCUGCAGGGGCUGGGGGCUCUGGAAGCAACUUCUUGGGCACUGAGGGUGGCAGAGCAUGAGCUGGGUGUCACGCCAGUGGUGUCUGCACAGGCGGUGGUGGCAGGAAGUGACCCGCUGGGCCUCAUCGCCUACCUUGGCCACUUCCACAGUGCCUUCAAGAGCACACCACACAGCCCAGGCCUUGUCAGCCAAACCUCUCCGGGGACCUCCAGUGCUGUAUUAUUCCUUGGCAAGCUUCAGAGGACCCUGCAACGGACCCGGGCCAAGGAAAACGGGGAGGAUGCUGGUGGCAAGAAGCCACGCCUGGAGAUAGAGGCUGAGAACCCAAGUACUGAGGAGUCACCUGUCCCUGAGCCUGGUGUACCUCUGACACCCCCACCCCCACACCAGGAGGCUGGUGCUGGGGACCUGUGUGCACUUUGUGGGGAACACCUUUACAUCCUGGAACGCCUCGGUACUGAUGGCCAGUUCUUCCACCGGAACUGCUUCCGCUGCCAUGCCUGUGAGGCCACACUGUGGCCAGGGGGCUACGGACAGCACCCAGGAGAUGGACAUUUCUACUGCCUCCAGCACCUGCCCCAGCCAGGCCCCAAAGAGGAAGGCAGUGACAGAGACCCUGCAAGUCCGGCACUCCCCACACCAAGUGAGAACAGUAUGCCCCCAGGCCCCUCAGCCCCCACAGCCUCGGAGGAGGGGGUCAGUCCUGCUUCCAGCUCCAGCCAGCCCACCCGGCGACCGAUCCGCCUCUCCAGCCCAGAACGCGAGCGGCUUUCCACCCUGAACCUCACCCCUGACUCUGACAUGGAGCCUCCACCCAAGCCCCCCCGCAGCUGCUCCGCCUUGGCCCGCCAGGCCUUGGAGGGCAGCUUUGUGGGUUGGGGCAUGCCCCUCCAGAGGCCUCAAGUUCUUGAGGCCUUAGGGAAGGAGGAAGAAGAGAGUCCCUCCUCCAGUGAAGAAGAAGAGCAAGAAGAAGAUGUGCCUUUGGACUUGGACGUGGAGCAGGCCCUGCUGACCUGGGCCAAGACUUCAGGCACCAUGAGUAAGUACCCAACGUGGCGCCGGACUCUGCUGCGCCGUGCGAGGGAGGAGGAGAUGAAGAGGUUCUGUAAAGCCCAGGCCAUCCAGCGGAGACUCAAUGAGAUCGAGGCUGCCUUGAGGGAGCUGGAGGCAGAGGGCAUGAAGCUGGAGCUGGCCCUGAGGAGCCAGAGCAGUUCCCCAGAACAGCAGAAGGAACUAUGGGUAGAACAGCUGCUGCAGCUUGUUCAGAAGAAAAACAGUCUGGUGGCUGAGGAGGCUGGGCUCAUGAUCACGGUACAGGAGCUGAACUUGGAGGAGAAACAGUUGCAACUGGACCAGGAGCUACGAGGCUACAUGAACCGCGAAGAAGCCCUGAAGACAGCUGCUGACCGGCAGGCUGAGGACCAGGUCCUGAGGAAGCUGGUGGCGGUGGUGAACCAGCGUGAUUCCCUCAUCCGCUUCCAGGAGGAGCGUAGGCUCAGCGAGCUGGCCUUGGGGAUGGGGGCCCAGGGCUAGGGGAGUAGGGCUGCCUGCCUUCCUCCUCACGAGGAAGACAGCUCAUCAGGGCUGCCUGGGAGAGGGCCUCGCUGUUGAUGAUUAAAAUGUUUCUGCCACA